GUGGAUUAUGUGAAUGUGCCUUCGAUUUGUUUGGUGAAUGUUAUGUAUUGAAUGCGCAUAGUAACACGGUCCUCUCUUCUCGCAUACAAGCAUACUAUUUUGUUACGCUCGGCACAUGCCUGAUUUUCGCUUUUGGUUUUAGUGUUACUCAUUCAAACAUCAGAAGUAGUUAAUUCUAAAUAUUUUUAUGCGGUGAACAUGAAUUAAACACUUUAUUUUGACGAAUUCAGUUUGAAACAGAAGUUAAGAUAGAAUUGAAAUUGGUAAAUUACUAUGGGCGAGGAUAAAAUUUUGUACGGUGGACCGGAACCGCCUCUUAUAGACGCGAGUUCAAAAUCUUUGGGCGAAGUUGUUUUAAAAAAACUCAGCGCCAAUGGAAAUGAUGUUAUGUUUAUCGAUGGCGUGAGCGAUUCGAAAUUAACACGAACACAGAUUCGACAACAGGUCAUACGUCUGGCGAAAAGUUUGUCGAGUGUGUUUAAUAUAAAAGAAGGCGAUGUAAUUGGGUUAUGCAGUGAAAAUCGAUUGGAGUUUCCUGUUGUUGUGCUAGCCGCAUUUUGUUUGGGCGCGACUAUUGCACCGCUAAAUAUCACCUAUACAGAUCGUGAAUUUAAUCAUGCCAUCAACUUAUCGCGGCCAAAAUUGAUUUUUGCCUCAAGAACCGUUAUAAAACGCGCCAUUAAGAUAUCACAACAAAAUGCAUUUGUACAAAAGGUUAUUCUCAUUGAUACCGAAUCGAGUGAAAUGGGUAAACAUUUCAAAAGCAAACUCACAAUUUCAUACACCGAACUUGUUUGUUCCGUCAAGAUUGAAGAAUGUUCACAGUUUGUAUGUCGGCCUGUGAAUAUGAAAAAUAAUGUUGCUUUGGUGCUAUGUUCGUCCGGUACAACUGGCCUUCCAAAAGGAGUUGAACUAACACAAUACAACGUUUUAAUUGGAACAUCACAAUUGGAUGCAACGGUAACUCAAGCCACAACAUUUUUGGGACGUCUCAGUAUUUUAAUGGUAAUACCAUGUUUUCAUGCAUAUGGCCUAUUGACAAUGGUUGGUAUGUCGGUGUGUGGUGCUGAAAUAGUAUUUUUACCAAAAUUUGAAGAACAUCUCUUUCUGCGAACGAUUCAAACAUACAAAACGAAUACUGCAUUUUUGGUGCCACCGUUGCUAUUAUUUUUGGCCAAAAGUCCAUUGGUCGAUAAGUAUGAUGUGAGCAGUCUCGUUGUGAUUGGUUGUGGUGCAGCACCGUUAAGCAAAGACAUAAGUGAUGCUGUAAAAGCUCGUUUAAAUAUAUUUGCAUUGCGCCAGGGCUAUGGAAUGAGCGAAAUGACAUUGAGUGUAUUGGCUCAAACCGAUGGUUUUGAUAAAGUUGGUAGCGUCGGUACGCUACGGCCAGGCACAUAUGGUAAAGUUAUUGAUCCCGAAACGGGCAAAGCAUUAGGACCAAAUCAACGCGGUGAAAUGUGCUUCAAAGGUAGUCCAAUUAUGCGAGGAUAUAUACGCAAUGAAACGGCUACAAAACAAACCAUUGAUGCCGAUGGAUGGCUACAUACCGGUGACAUUGGCUACUAUGAUGACGAUCAUGAAUGGUUCAUUGUUGAUCGGCUCAAAGAACUAAUCAAGUACAAAGGUUUUCAGGUGCCACCGGCUGAAAUUGAAGCCAUUCUACUUACACAUCCCGAUAUAAAUGAUGCUGCUGUUAUCGGUGUCCCAGAUGAAAAUGCUGGCGAACUACCAUUUGCCUUUGUUGUGCGCAAACCAAAAUCAAAUCUUACAGAAAAAGAUGUCAUUGAUUUUGUUGCCAAAACUGCAUCGCCUGCAAAACGACUUCACGGUGGUGUUAAAUUCAUAAAUGCCAUACCAAAAAAUCCCACGGGAAAAAUCUUAAGACGUGUUCUGCGUGACGACGUUACCAAAAAGCCAAAAUCCAAGCUGUAAUUUUUAAAAUAAGACAAAAGACAACAACAAAAUAUAGACGUGCAAUGUUUUAUGUGUAAAUUUUAUUUUCUACCAUUCAUUUAUGGUUUGAAAUUUUUUUUUUAUUAUUUAUUCAAUUUGAUAAUUUAAAAUGGCUGGUGUUUGUGGUUUAAUUUCAAAUGUCACUGAAUUGAAUGUGGAUGAAAUUGGGUUCCAUUCAUUAUGAUUAGCUUAUAUAAAAUUGACACUGUGUGGUUUUUAAUAGAAUUUUCUAUACAAUAAAAAAAUACAUAGUUUCGAGGAAACAAAACGGAAUACACUUCUUUUCCUCCUAUCG